AUGCCGCACCUGCCCCUGAAAUCUCUGACUACUGCUGCUGCCAGUGGCCCUGACGAUCCCGUGUUGCAUUGUUUAGUCUUCGCCGCAGGUUACCGUACGGAGCAUCUUGUUCUGAACGUCUCCAGCCAGGUCGACGAAACUGCACUCACUGCUCAGGUUGCUACAGCUUCUGCUUUAGUUCAGCGCCUGUCCCCUGCACACCUGCUGCCUGCUAGGCCCCAGCCAGGAUGUGGCUACGCCAGUUUUCUUGUCGUGCCCGACUGGGUACCCGAAGACCGCCGCCAAGUUGUAUUGCUCGACUUCUCGAGGUUACGCGGCCCCACCUAUGCUCACGUUUUCCACAACCCACUCACUUAUCGGGAUCUGGAAACAGCAGUCGCUAUGCGUACUGAUGAGCUAUGGCACGCCUACAUGCCCAACGAGUUUGAGCCACUUGCUGCAGGCAGCGAGGCCCAUCUUGCAGGCGGUGAUGUGAUCUGUAUCUCGCCGAGAGACGAGCCGCUCAUACGAGAUGCAGACCUCUCCGUCCUUCUUGCCAGCCCGUCAGCGUGGCAGCGCGAACCGGACCAGAUCCUACUUGAGCGACCAACCUCAGCUUGGCUCGUCAUUAUGCCACAGACAGUGUGCAGCUUCCCGUUCUACGGGACCUUUACCGAUGAUCUACAGCAGGCCAUUGCCGACCAUAUGGACCGCCAAGUACAACAUGUUAGCUUCGGGCACCCAACUGAGCCAUUAGCAGACGUUGUGCACCAUGGCUUGUUGUACGACAAAAUCUGUGCCGUCGAUUUUAGAGCGGAGCACCUGCCCCCUGGUCCGAAUCUAGGGUCUUUCGUGUUCCUCGAUGCUCGUCAGACCGCCAGGGGGCUGGGCUUUCUCUUCGAGGGAGAUGGAUUGGUUGUCCCUACGCAAGACGGCGUACGCAUGCUUGGCCUUCGCCCGCCACGGGGCUUCCGGACAUUCGCCGAGCACGACCUGCUGCGGCGGGAGGGCCUACCAGUCGCUGAUGGACGUGUACUUACCCUUGGCUAUGAGUAUGAGGACGCACCCGUUGAUGCUGCUUCAGUUGCAUCGCCACGCACAGCCUGUCCUGCAUCUGCUGCCAAUGCAUGCCCUUUGACAGCUGCGUCAGCUCCAGUGCCGCCUCACGUCGGUCUUGGGUCACCUAUACAUGUGGGGUUCCUCGUUCUCUGUCCUAGAGUUGCGCCUGCCACCUACGAGCUCUCGCUUGACAUUCCUUGCACACCUCAGCGGGCGUGCGAUGCACUUCUGGCACGGCGCCGCGAGCUUCUCGAAACCACAUAUGAACACCUUGUGGUGGCACAACCCCAACCCGACUCGCGAUUUUGCACCUUUAUCGCGCUGCCAGGGUGGGCCACUCAGGCUGUGUGCGUCAUUGUUGACGCUCGUGCUAUCGACGGCAGGCUUUUCGCUGCAUGCUUCGAGAGCGGCAUUUAUCCCGGCUCCGUUUUGGCACAAGUGAGUCUCAAGCCUUCAUUAGGCUUUAGAGUUGCGCACCAAGGUCAUCUGCACCAGGCACAUGAGGCACUGUUUCUGAGCAAAGGAGACGUCAUUUUUCUCCUUCCCGCACAAGCUGCUUUGCCAGGUGUCUCUUGGUUGCCGGAUAUGCUGAACCAGCCCGACGGCUGGCACCUGCCUGUGCCUGAUUUCGGUGGCUUUCUUCAGACGCCCUUCUAUCUGCUCACCGACGCCUGGAAUACCAUUGUCGAUUUUCCUGCUUCGGCUUCGACGUCGUAUGUUGCCCUGCGACAGUUUGCGGUUGCCUUUCUCCGUUAUGAAGAGCAUCGUGCAUCCUUGCAGACCCUACACCCCAGGGUAGCUGACUACAACUUCCAGGGUUUUGUGUGCAGAGCCGUGUUGAUCGCCACUGAGCAGCCCAUCGGGCCGCCGCUUCCUCCGGCCCGGCCCCGGCCGCCUUGCAUUGCAUAUGCUGUGGACCGGCGCGCCAUGCUUGCCGAUAUCACUUGGCACAUUGCACCGACCGGAAGGGUCGACUUGGACCUUCUCCUCCAGGAGUUCGACCCAAUGCCCUCCGGCUUCUAUACCUCUGUCCUGAAAGUCGCCUACGAGGACGACUUGCUUGAGCCAGGAGCCACUGAGGGGCCUAUUCCUCCAGAUGACGAGUCCGACGCGGACGACUCCAGCAGCACGUCUUCUGUGCCACCAGUCCGUAGGCAGCACAUUGCCCAUCGCCUUCGCUGUGCCAAGCUCCUUCUGGAACCGCAAUCCGACAGCGCUGCUUCCCGCCAUGCCCUUGCUGUCCUUCGGUAUUUCGCUCCGCGAUUAGGCGAAGCCUGGCGCUACCUGCCAGCUGCAGAUGCGGAAGUGAUUCCUGGCUCCAGCGAUUCAGAGGAUCCUGAGGACGCAGACAUCGCAGAUCGUCUUGCGCUCUUUGCACUGUAUGCACCUGGGUAUGCCCCUGAACAUGUCGCUGUUUUUAUCCGCUACCCUGCUACCCUUAUCGAAGCCUUGGACACAGUCCAUCAUGCCCGCAACAGUGUGCACAGUCAAUGGUUCCAUGUUCUGGCACCAGCGGAGCCUCAGCCACAGCAGGGCAUAGGUGUUGUGGUCGCGAUCGCUGAUUGGCAACGACAGGGGCAGAUAGUCUGUCUAGACACAACGCGCCUUGAUGGCCGCCGAUUUGCUGUGGCUGCGCCAAGCUAUGCCGAUAAGAUAGCCCUUCUGCAUCUUGCUGACAUCCAAUUUAACCUUGGUGUAGCAGUUUAUGUGGGGGAUGGCCCACAGCCCCUGGGCACCGACGUGCGGGUCCACCUGUGGACCGGGCUUGUUGUCUUCUUUACACCGCCCGAGUUUGUCCCACCGCGGCCACUAUCGCUUGCUUGGAUGCUUACAGAUUGGCGUAUGUGGCGCCGCAGUAUGCCAGCUGCCGAACAUGCUGCGCCAGAUGCAUAUGCCCUUGUUUACCACGAUGAAAUAGUUCUGCAUUUGACCGACCCUCGGCGGCCCACUCGGCACCGCCCACAAGUCGCCGCGGCACUUGGCAUCCCACUUGCUUCCCUACAGUUGGUUCCUGCUGUGCCGCGUGUCACCGAUGCCACUCUCAAUGGCCUCCUGUGCCGCACCAUACUUGCUGUUUGCAAUGGGGCAGAGACAGGGCCCCCUCCAUGGUGUGCGGUGCUGCUUGACCUGCGCGCCCUCGGACGCGGCUGGCAGACUUUUAUCGCCAGGCGGCACCGGCUCUCUUGCGACACUCUACGUGUCGAUCUUGGACAGGGUUCCCCCGAAGGUUGGCAGGCUUGUCUACACAACAUCCCUGACGGCCUGGACGAGAUCGAUGUCUACCCAGGUCAGGUACUUGUUGCCUUUUAUCGUAUAGGCCGCGUUGCAAUCCCUGCUGCCAGGGUUACAGGACACGCGUCGGCAGGGCCCUUGGACCAGCAACAUGCUGCCGUCACUGCCGCGCCCGAUGAUGAUGCCCCCCUACGUCACCCCACAGGCCCUCCCCAGUCUUUUGGUCCCACUGCAAAUCCGUCAGGCUCUGCUGCCUCCUCCGGCCUACCCACUGCGGUUUCGGAUGACACUGCUGUAGCAGAUGGUUCUGCUACUGCCCCGGCCGUCGAUUUGCCUGACGCGUAUCUCCCCGGAACCUUUUUUGUCUUAGCACAGGACUACUGCCCCGAGCUAGUCCAUGCGCGUUUGCCAGUUGGUUGUCCGGAGAACCUCGCACUUGAGCGGGUCGGGGCCGCAAGAGCUCCAUUUUCCAGGCUGUGCAUGCCAAGGCUCGUUGUGGCAUAUCCGCAAACAAUCCCUGGCGUUGCGUUCAUUCUUGCACUCCCUUUCUGGACCCCAGAUGGAGUCACCAUCGCGUGCGACUUGACGCGGAUCAAUGGAGCUGUCUUUGCGUUGCAGCUCCCUCGUGUGGCUCGGAGGGAUGACUUGCUCCGAGCGCUUGGAGUGGCCGCUGAUGCGGUUGUCGACCUUUAUCUCCGCGACCUUCCCUGGCCCCUUCCCAGGGGUGCAGUCUACGACUUGCGAACAGGUGACACCGUUGUUGUCACGCCUGUCGCCCAGGCUGCACAUGUCCCUAUCCCAACCCGAUCCCUUGGUGCGCUGCUCGCCUCUCCUCAUGACUGGAAUCCUGACUGGGCCCCCGACGCGGUCUACCAGGACACCGUGUGGCUUCUCGCAGACACUGGAAACUUCAUGUUUAUCGUGCCCCCAGGGCGGCGUUCGUUUUUCAGGGACGACGUUGCAGCCGCUGUGCACGCAAGGCCUGACAGCCUUAUGCUUGUCGCGCCCGAUCCAGCUAUCAGGGACCAUGCCGCCCAAGGGGUUCUCUCCCUCAAUGUCAUCGCCGUGCUUGGAGCGGACCCGCUCAACCAUGAAGCAAGACAUGGGGGUGUCCUCUGCUACAUCGACGGCAGGCCUGCCCUCAGCGGCAUUACCAGGCUUGCCACUGGUUCCACCGGACCAGAUGGCCACGGGCAGACUUCCUGGCGUACCGAUGCAGGCACUGGUGGCACCGAACGGCCCGGAGAUGUUGCUGCCCCUCCGCCUGGCAGCACAGCUGCCGUGUCGACUUCUUUUGAUACAUCGCGCGGAAACCAUGUCAGUCGAGUAGUUAAGUGGCGACAAGUGAGUAGCUUGGCGUUCACCUCUAUCCUCCUGCAUGGUGGUUUGCGACUUAUUUCCUGCUCGCUCGCCAUUGUGCGUGCUUUGGGUGCCCUUGGAGUGCUUCUUGCCCUCCUUCCAGCGCAGUUGAUUCGAGGACACGGUAGGGGGAGACACCCCGGCUGGCCGCCUCUCCUCGUCCUUCUCCUGCUUGCCGCCGUCACAAUACCUGUUGUUACCGCUGCACCCACCGAUACAACACCUGGUGACAUUGGACUACCCCCUGCCCUUCCGCCCUGUCGCCACGCCGUGUCGAACGCGGCGGCCAGCAUGCAGCCCCACAGAGCGCCGCCCCUUGCACAGACCCGGCCGCGCCCCGGCAUAGCCCUCGGCCUGCCUACCCUUCUUGACCUCGCUGCUGAGCGAGACAGUACCUGGGCCUUUCUCGCCUCUACUUUGCUCGAGACUCUAUUUGAGCACUGUGCACACGCAGCCCCCGCCGCUGCGUCUCGCAGCUGCGUUGCGCAUUCCAAAGGGUCUUCUGAGAGACCCGAGCGUGUCAUCCAGCUCGCUGAGGCCGUGCCGCUCACGGACUACCAAACGGACUGCCUGGAGCUUCAGACCCUCGUCCCAGCUGUCGCUGCAGCCAGUGAUCCGGAUUGGCUAGACAAUGAUUUACGGCCCCUAUGCACCGCCCCUGAUACCUCCCCAGAGGUCAAAGCGGCGAUCCCAACUUUUGCCUAUUGGCACACCAACGGUGCCAGCGGCAGCAACGCAGCUACUAGCGUACACGUCUAUACAGACGGUUCCGCUUGUGGCAAGCAUGAGCCCCUUGCAAGUGCACCCUGUGGCUGGGCAUUCAAUGUCUGGGUCGAGACCGCUGGCACCUGGUAUUUCUACGGCUUCGCCGCGGGUACUGCUGUUGCCCCUUUCACCAGGUUUUUUCUGGGCGAAUCGGAUGACUCACCGCUUACUAGUGAGUUGCUCGGCAUCGCUUGGGCACUAACGUGGAUUAUUGAACAUGGCCCCACCUUCUGCUGUCCUGUUCACCUCCACUAUGAUUGCACUGCCGCAGGGGAGGGUACUUUCGCCCAUGCGCUGCCUUCUAGAGUGUCAGGAGUCACCGGCGGCCCGUGCCUUAGCCAUGUUACUGUGGCCCUCCGGCACAUUGCUGAGACCCGUGUUACCCUUACCUCUGAUUACACCCCGGGACACCAAGGUGUGCUAGGUAAUGAGCUUAGUGACGCACUUGCCAAGUACACCCGCAGACAGAUUCCCCCGAUCGAUGAACGUGUCCUGCCUGAAUGGCCUGGCUGCCUCGUUGCACAUAAGCUGUUUGAUUGGGCUUGGCUUGCUCAUAUAGCUGCCCCAGACCUUCCCACGCUUUUUGCGUUCGAGUCUGAAGCACGGCGGCUUCAAGCUCUCGCUCCUGAGCCCCGGCCGCCACCUCGAUGUGGGGUUGUGCGCUCACAGGAUCAGCCGCCACAAUCUGUCCGAUAUCAUAUCACCGCGGUGACCUUCAAUGUCUUGACUCUCCUUGAGAGUGCCCAUGCCAAAAGACAGGCCAAGGUGCACGCCGGUCUCCGUAUUCUUGGCCGCCGACAUGUGAUUCUGCGCCAGCUGCAAUCACAGAGUGUACUCUUCGCCGGCCUACAAGAGACAAGGGUUCAGGAUACCGCCCAGCUGCCAGACCGGACACACAUUCUGCUCCAUUCAGGGGCUAACGAGGCCGGUAACUACGGAUGUGCCCUCUGGAUCAGUAAGGAUAUUCCAUAUGCAACUGUUGCCGGUAAGCCUCUUUGCCUGGAACCCCAGCAUUGCACAGUUUCAGCAACCUCUCCUCGACAUCUUGUCGUCUGUGUUGAGGCACCAUAUCUGCGCCUCGGGGUCCUUGUUGUGCAUGCACCUUCGGACCCGCAAGACGAACAUGGCAUCCUUCAUGCCUUCUGGGCUGCCAGGACCCAGGAUUUAGGCCGCCUGCCCAAGGAUGUCCCAAUCCUGUUGCUAGCUGACGCUAACUCCCGCCUAGGUAGCCUUGAGAGCGAAGCUGUUGGGUCGCAUCAUGCAGAAACCGAGACCCCUGCCGCUGCCCACUUUCACAGCUUCCUUCUGCGCAAUGGGUUGUGGCUUCCAGCUACCUUCCCGGAAGCGCACAAUGGCGCUUCAUGGACAUGGCAAUCCCCUCACGGAGACCAGCACCGCAUCGACUAUGUUGGCAUUCCCCAGUCCUGGGCCCGUUUUGUUUGUCGUUCUCGGGUGUGGCACACCUUUGAGGCUCUGCAGAGACGGUGCGACCACCUACCUGUCAUCCUUGAGUGCACUUUUGCACGAGAGGGUCGGUCACAUACCGCCGAUGCCUUUCGUCGGAUAGCCUGUCGCCCCAAUGACCUUGACCCCGAUGUGGAUCGGCAAGCUUUUUCCCAGGCCGUGCACUCUGCCCCACUUGUUGCCUGGACUGCGGACGUCGACAGUCAUUUUGCUUCUUUUGUGCGGGUCUGGACGGCUGCCGGGCGCAGUGUCCAGCCCCAUUCCCCUGCCAGACCCCAACAGAGCUUCCUCACCGCACAUACCCUUGGUGUUAUCAGAGCCCGCAAGGACACUCGCUUAGCCCUAAGGGUCGCGGAAAAGGAGCUCCAACGGCGCCUUCUUGUCACCGCGUUUGCUGCUUUUACCCACUCUAGAGCAGGUUCACGGCUUACUGCCACCGAUGUUGCUGCUACAUGGCACUGGGUUAAACAAGCCAACCAACGGCUUGCCGUUACAUGGGGUCAACUCAACCGGCUUGGCACCGAUGUUCGCCAGGCUGUCAAGACUGAUCGCUGCCGCUACCUCGAGAAACUUGUCUCUGAGGUUGGACAGGCAGAUAUGCGUGAUCCGCGCCAUCUCUACCACUGUGUCCGGAAGGCCUUUCCCAAGGCUGCAUCGGCUAAGCGGUCACGCUUCACGCCGCUCCCAGCGGUAGCACUCGCUAACGGCGAGUUGGCUACCACCAGAGCGGAGCGUGCUGCUCGGUGGAACGGCCAUUUCGCCGCCCAGGAAUGCGGCGAAACUGUUACUCCCUCUGCUUACGCCCAGCAAUUCGCGACGGAUGGUCAACACCGUUCCUCUGUCGUGCCGGCUUUUGAUCCCCUUCUGCUUCCCUCUCUUGGUGAACUAGAAGGGUCGGUGCUCCAACUCAAGAGAGGCAAGGCUGCUGGCCCGGACGGUGUGACGUCAGAGUUGCUCAAGUUAGCGGUACCGACGGCUGCGCGCCAGCUGCUACCUCUUUUCGUCAAAAGCUUGCUUACCCUGCGUGAGCCUAUUGAGUUCAAAGGAGGAGCUUUGAUGACAUUAGCGAAGAAAGCGUCCGCCGCCUUCGAGUGCGACAAGUAUCGGAGCAUUCUCCUAUCUAGCGUGCCGGGGAAGCUGUUGCACAAAAGCCUGAGAAAGCGCAUCACACCCCUCCUCCGGCGAGUUGGACAUGACCUCAUGGGCGGAGUCCACCCAGGGGUAGGGGUGGACUCAAUAGCCACUGCUGUGCGUAGUUUCCAAGCGCACGCUCAUGCCCUUGGUGAGCACCCAGCCGUUGUAUUUUUUGAUGUUCGUGCGGCCUACUACCAAGUAGUGCGAGAGACCCUUACCAGCGCCACUCCAGAUGACUUUGUCAUCAGGUCUCUCUUUCACAAGCUUGGAGUACCGCCUGCGGCCCUCGAAGAGCUCCGUGACCACCUGACUAGUCUCAACCACAUUGCAGACGGUGGUGGCUCCCUGCAUCUCGAGGCUAUCACACGCGAGUUAUUCCGUGGGACGUGGUUUAGGCUCGACCAGCGCGCGGAGUUAGUCGCCACCGCAGCGGGCGUCCGCCCUGGCGAUCCGCUAGCAGACGUUUUCUUUGCCCUGAGUUUCAGCGCCUAUAUCCGUUCUGUGCAGACUUCCUUGCAGCGGGAAGCCCUUGUUACGGUGCUGCCUCCCUGCGCCACACGCCUGCCAGUCGACGGGCUCGCUGAAGCCCGGGAUUUGCCGCCCGCCUCAUGGGCUGACGAUUUCGCUGCCAUGAUGUCAGCAGCGAAUCCUCCUCAGGUUGUGAGCAAGGUUCGCGCCACCACUUCGGCCUUUCUUACCCAUGCCACCUCCAUCGGUAUGCAGCUUUCCUUUGCCGUCGACAAAACCGCGGCACUUCUGCCGCCUGCCGUCUUAUUUGCCGGCGUGUGUGACCCGCCGCCUUCUGGCGCUGCUUACUCCCAUGCCAUACCCGUUCAUGACGGUGUUACUGGGUGUGUGGUGCAUCUGCCUGCUGUCCAGGCGUACAAGCAUCUCGGCGGGAUCGUUACCUGCUCUGCAUCCCUGCUCCCCGAGAUCUAUUACCGUUACUCGCAGUGUACCUGGACUUUGCGCCCACUGCGGGGUACCCUCUUUGGCAAUCCCAGUAUCCCACUCCCGCUGCGGCGUACACUUCUUGGUUCGCUUGUUGCCACCAAGUUCACUUACGGCUCUGCAACUAUGGAGCUGCACGUCGCCUACCAGUGGCGAUUGUGGGCCAGAUUGUAUACUUCCAUCUGGAAGGCCUUGCAACCACGGUCGUCCUCCGCCCGCAAGAUCCACUCAUACGAAGUCCUGAGGCAGGCCCAAGCACUUGCUCCCCCUCUUGCACUUGCCAAGGCCAGGGCCAGUCUAUACCUUCGGGUUUUAGAGCAUGGACCCCAGACCCUCCUGCAUUUAUGGUGGCUCCAGUGGGAGUCCUCUCCAGAGCGCUCAUGGCUGGCCAUGCUCAAGGGUGAUAUUGAGUAUGUGGCCAUGUAUUGCCCCGCAGCGAAACUAGUAUUGGACUCCCCCUGCCCCUUGCUUGCUUUGACUGAGGCUAUGCUCCAGGAUCGCACAUGGUGGCGCCGGCAGAUCAAUGCUGCCACACGCAUUUAUUUUGCCGACCUCGAUCGCUGGGCACGACUUCGUGCCGAGCCGACUGGGCAGCUGUCACCCUCUCCUCCGCCUGCUGAGGCCGACUUUCAAUGCCCGUUCUGCUCUGCCAGCUUUCCGCUCAAGAAACACCUGAGUGUCCACAUCGUUCGCCGCCAUGGCCUGCCAGCUCCCAAGCGUCUUUUCGCGCCUCACGCUACUUGCCUCGCCUGUCUCAAGCACUUCCACACCAUUCCCCGUGCACAAAACCAUCUUAAGAGUGUCCCUCGCUGUCUUGCCCGGGUACAUCUUCUGAUGCCGCCGUUGGAUUUACCGGCCGUGCGCGCCAUUGAGCAGGCAGACCGCGCGCAUCAAAAGCGCCUACGUACGGGUUGUUGGCAGGCCUUUGAUGCCAACCAACCGGUGCUACAGGCAUACGGCCCAGCCCAGCCUACGCGCGCUGAACUACUCAGCGCGCUAGGGGAAGAUGCCCCGAUCUCCCUACUGGUUCAGCCUCCGCAGAACCCCGCGUUUGCGGCAUGGGUGUGCAGUGAUAUCCACACUCGCACACGAGAACCGCCACGAGCAGGAACGCGUAGUUUCUGGUGGAAGCGUAUCCAGUAG